AACUAACUUAGAUCCUAAAACACACAAAGUUAGUAAUUUCAGGAACGGUAAAGAUGGUUCCAUUAUUGUCGAAUGCGCCGUUGGCGAAAAUAUUGAUUUAGUGAAAAAUGGCAUUCAAAGCAAUCUGGGUGAAAAAUACAGUGCUGUUGUUCCCACGUCGGUGCCUAGAUUGAAAGUAGUGGGCAUGAGUGAGAAUCUUUCUCCUGAUGUUUUCAUUGACUAUUUAAAGAGUCAAAAUGAUUGCAUCACAAUCAAUGAGGAAGCACACUCGAAGCAUUGAAUAAAUGAAAUUUUCAUUGCAAAAAAUCGUUACGAUUCUCUCCGUGUGUCAGGAACAAUCACGUUUAUAAAUAGGUAGUUUAUUUCGGACGACCUAGUAAGCUGAUUAUUUAGUUCAAUUUGAACAACGAGACAGUGAAGUGUGCCUUAAAAUGAAAAGAAAUCGUAAAAGUAACGAAAACUAUCCGCUUUUAUCCAACACUACUAAUGCAAGAAGAAGUUUUUUUAUGUUGUUCAAAAAUGUGUCUAUCGAACCAGUAGUAUUGCUACAUACAUUUGGAUGGAGUCUUUCAGAACUCCAACUGAUGAACCAAAUCAUUUAUCAGUCAUGUGCGGUAACGUUUGGUACAAAAACAUGUUCUAGUAUGCAAGCAGAGGAUAUAAACAUGUACUUGGAGGAAAUUGUCCAACCAUAUGCAUCUCAGGUUUCAAUGACCAUAGUAAUUCUUUCAUCGGUAAUACCUGCUCUAGCAGCAUUAUUGCUCGCUCCCUGGUCGGACCAGUUCGGUCGAAAGGGAAUAAUAGUCUCUGCUUUGUUCGGAUAUCUGUUUACUAAUUUACUGGUUGCUUUUAUUAGUUAUUUGUCUUCAUAUUAUAUCGUUAGUCCAUGGUUUUAUGUUGUGGCACAUAUUCCUGUGGCGUUCCUAGGAGGCUGUUCCGUUUUUAACGUCGGAGUUUACAGUUACAUACAUGAUAUUACAAAUCAGCACAACCGAACAGUUCGAAUGGGAGUGUUGCAUGGGUGCACAAUGCUUGGAGUAUUGUGUGGAUUGCUAGUAAGCAGAUAUCUUAGUGAAUUUACAUCGCUCUCUGUAUUAUUCAUCGUAUCAGCGUUAACAGCUCUGAUUAGUAUUAUUUACCUCACUGCAGCAUUAGAAGAAAGCACCACCGUCGAUCAAACUUUUUCAUAUAUUGAUAAACUAAAAGCAAUUUUUAACAUAACUUUAAUCUGCAGGAUAAUGACAACUGUUACAAAAACGAGACCACACUUUGAACGCUCUAUUACUUGGCUUUUAAUCGUGCUCGGAGGGCUUGUGGAAUUCGCCUCUGCGGGGCGAGUUUUAUUUUUCUUAUACACACGAUAUGAGUUUCAAUGGAAUACGAACUCAUACAGACUAUGGUUGGCCGCUGAAUUUGCAACAAUAAUGUUAGGAAAUAUGUUUGGAAUUGCAGUUUUGAAAAAAAUGUUCAAAGUAUCAGAUGUUGCUCUCCUCACAAUAUCGACCAUUAAUCACAUAAUUGAUUAUUUAAUCAAAGGUCUAUCAUGGCAGGAUUGGCAAUUAUAUUUAACCAUUCUGACACCACUGAAAGGAACCGAUGGAGCUGCGGUUAGGUCUAUUCUUUCCGCUAUACUGCCAAAAGAAGAUGUAGGAAAAACAUACGCAAUUGAUUUUUGCAUGAAAGCUGUAAUGCCAAUAUUAUCGCUCUUUUCUCUCACCUAUCUCUAUAAUUAUACCAUUGACCGUGCUCCUUCGCUUUAUUUACUAGUAAUUGGGGCAGUGUUUGGAGUGAAUUUGCUGAUAAUCGGAAUAAUUCACUUUUUGAUGGUGCUACGUGAAAAGAGUAUCGGAAACAUUUAAUCAUCGAAGGCAUUGGAAAGCUAUGUUUGUGACCUAUAGUAUCAUUUGUUCGUGUUAGAGCCAAAAAAACAUUAAAAUUACAGUUACUCAAGUGAUGACGCUAACUAUAGCAUCAUUUAACUUUUUAAAAACAAAAAUCAGGAAACUGUAUACAACGAAAUUGUAGUUUAAUACCUCCACAGGCGAUGCUUUGAAUUGCCACACAGCCAACAUGCUGUAACUACAUUACCUUAUUAAUUCAGUACCUAGGUUGGAGACAUCUGUAAAACUUAUACCAUGGUGUGUUUAAUUAUGGUGAAAUGGUAUGUUAAAAAGCAUAAUUAUAGGGAUACCAUCCGUCCUGAUUAAAAGUCCAA